AUGUUAGAAGCUUCCAAAGAACAAAUGACACCGGGGUCAGUGAGCCCGCCUGAUGAGAAGGUCCUGGCGUACGAAGCUCAGCCGGACUGGACUCCACAAGAAGAGGCAAAGGCAAAGCGGAAGCUCGACUUGCACGUCGUCUCCGUCCUGACCCUUGGUUUCUUCUGCCUCCAGCUCGAUAGGGGGAACAUUGCCAACGCUAUCACGGACAACUUCAUGGAAGACGUCGGCAUCGACCAGAACCAGUUCAAUGUCGGCCAGCAGCUACUCUCACUGGGCAUUGUGCUCUUCGAAAUCCCAUCCAACAUGAUUCUAUAUCGCGUUGGGCCGGGCAAGUGGCUGACCUUGCAGCUAUUCCUGUUCGGUAUACUACUAGCAUACGGCAUCCUUUAUAUGCGUGGUGUUGGCGGGAAACCUGGAUGGUUCUGGCUCUUUGCCCUGAUGGGCAUUUUCACGAUCCUCGUCGGCUGUCUGUUCGGCUUUGUCUUUCCCGAUUCGUUCAAAAAGCCAUACUGCCCGUUUGCCCCUGGCCGCCAAGUCUUCACCGACCGGGAGCUAUACAUCCUGAACACCCGUGUGAUCCUGGACGACCCAUUGAAAGGUCACAAAAAGAAGCACAUUGACCGAGCGGCGUUCAAGAAAGCUUUCACCGAUUGGAGAAUAAUUGUGCAUGUGGCAAUCACAAUUCUGAACAAUGGUCCCCAGCGAGGGUUUGACACGUACUCGCCAUCUAUCAUCAGGAGCUUUGGCUUUGAGGGCCUAACGAGUAACGCCUUGGCGUCUGUCGGCCUAUUUCUUCAGAUACCCGUCUCGUUCUCCUUCAGCUACGUCUCAGAUCACUUCAACAAACGAGGUCCGACUGUGAUUGCUGGCGUGGGAUGCCAUCUCCUCGGCUAUGUCAUGAACAGAAUAUUCACCGAGAUGCCGGCGAACAUGAGGGGUGUCAAGUACUUUGGCGUCAUCUGGACGCAAAUGUAUGGGACUUUCCCUCAGCCACUGAAUGUGGCCUGGGUGUCAGUCACUUGUCACGAUUCAGAGGUUCGGGCUUUAGCUAUGGCCAUCAUGGUUAUGGCUGGUAACAUUGCCGGCAUUUACGGUGCACAGAUUUUCCGUGAGGAGGAUAACCCUCUCUAUCGCCGCGGCUUUAACAUUGGGAUCGCAAUUCUCGCCACAUCUUUCUGCUUGGCGAUCGUUCGGUAUAUCGAUAGCAAGUUCUUGAUUCGGCGCCAGAAGCGACAGGAUACUGCUGAUCAAGAGACCAUUGAAGCCGCCAAUUCAUCAGGCUAA